GUGUCUGGCGAUAUCCAGAGUGUUCUACUGAAAUUGGAACCUCUGCUUAUUUUAACAAAAAUGUCCAUUGAGUAGAUUUAGUUCGAUUAUUUUAUACCAAUAGCUCGAACUGAUUGACAGAAAUCAAUCAAAUCGGAGUCAGUUGUCCUGUCUUACCUGGUGUGAUAUGUUUCAAACUUAGAUAUUGUCAAAGUGUUCCUUGGGAUGUCCUUGUUGAGAUCUCUUCAAAUUACCUCAAAAUGUAUUUUUGUUAGAAUUGAUAAGAUAGAAUUGUAAGCAUUAUUAUCUUUUAGCUAAAAUCCACUGAAUUAUACGCUAUUUUGCUUGUAGUUGAAUAAAUAACUUCAAUCUUAUUGGUCGAUAAUUUUCUUUAUUUUGUUCGUCACGAAAUGCGCUGGUCUGACAGAAGAUAUAAAAUCUAUCGUUUCUGUUAAUUUUCACAAAUAUCGCUAAAUUUUCAAAUUAUUUUGGAUCUGAUAGAGUAAAGAUUAUGAUCUGGUUAAAAUUUGUUGCCGUCUUUGGAUUCUAAACUGAUCGAAGUUAAUAAAUUUGAAGUUCCUUGGAAUAAAAUUCUGUUUUAACUUAGCAGCGGUUGAUUCCCUUAUUUACUUACUUCUAAUAAAACGCCGCUAAUUCCUUCACCUCUUUCCUUUUAUUUGGUCUCUUCUCUUUUGGGUUUCUUAACUGGAGAUUUCCUAAAUUAAAUCAGUUCUGCCAGUAGAAUGAGGUGUGAUCUGUUUUUUCAAAGGUCAAUUGACUUUCUUGGUGCUAGCAGGGUCGUCCUUUUCGUGACCAUAGUUGCUGCUUAUUGCUCUACUCUUGCAAGAACUGAAGAUGAAAUUUUUCUUGACACCGCCAAACAGACGGAAGAAAACUGGGGAUUCAAACCAUAUGCAUCAGUCGGACAGACAAGAGAAGGGUGGACCUACCAGAAGUACACGAAACCUAAUGCGGCCUCAUUCACUGGUGGCUACUACCAAGUGUGUGACACUGAAGUUCAGAAGGCAGACAAUUGGCUCUUCUCAAACUACAUCUCGCUUCACAACAGUCUGGAUGUGCAGCAGAAUCACUACGGAGAGCAGCGGCAGAGAACUGACUUCUCACUGCCCUCCAAGAUCAAACUCAAAAUCACGUUUUUCCAACGGGAGUGCAAAGGAGUUUCUAAGCACUCGGAAGACUGCAUAAACCAGCUGGGAGUCACGUAUUGGAAGACUGACCGACCAGACACUGGAAUGGAGGCCUCUGAAAUAGCCAAAUUCAGGCAAAGUUUCCGUCCACUUUCAACCUUGGAGAGCUACAGCAGCUUCCUUAACUCGUCGGUUCCUGAUCAAGUGGAAAAUAUUAACGCCAGAUUCAUUACGAUAACUUUUGACUCUGGAAGCGACCGGAACGUGAAAGGAAUCUACCUGGCCUUCAAAGGAUUCCAGUCCUGUUCGUUCUUGAAGGAAGUCAAAGUUUGGGCCAGUUAUUGUCCGGAUAAGAAAAUCCACCUGGCACAGUACCCUAGAACCUGGAUCAGAGAGAACCCUGAUUUGGUGCCAGGUCACUGUGUGAGUGGGGCGAAGUCGGAACAUACGAGCAGGGCCCACUGUCUGACGGAAGGAAAGUGGGAGAACGGAGGUGCCAUGAUGCAAUUCUGCAAGUGCACAGAGGGAUUUGAGCCCAAUGGAAAUCUAACCGAGUGCACGCCGUGUCCAAUCAGGAUGUUCAAAGACAAUGUGGGAAACAGUAAGUGCAAAGGGUGUCCCUUCAACAGCAGGACCAGAUCCACAGGCAGCACACAGUGCAGUUGCGACAUGGGCUUCCACAGGGCACCCAACGACUCCAACCUCGCCCCCUGUGAAAAAUACCCCCCUGCUGUAGAGUCUGUGACCCCGAUGGUGCAAAACACUGAAGUUCGCUUGACAUGGGGCAGACCGUACCUGCCUACGAAAUACACGCGCAAUGACAUCUGGUACAUUGUCAGAUGCGAAAUGUGUGCAAGCGGGGGACGAGCCCGCGAAUUGGACGCAGACGGCUACUCGGCUCCCAUUCGCCUCUCGGAUUUACCUUUCCGAGUUCGCGGACUGAGAGCGGAGACAGAAUACUACUUCGAAGUGCUCACUGUGAAUUCGUUGGUUGUGAAGUUAGCGACUGCGAACAGAAGAUACAUCACUGUUAAGACCGAGAAUGAAGCCAAAAUAGCCAACAUCACCCUACUACAUCCUACAGACGGGGGAGGUAUCCUGGUCACGUGGAAGAUGGUGGGAUCAUCAUCAUCAGAAGUAGGCAGACACAAGUUCCAGAUAUCCCUCACGGGUCCAGAGGGAGAGGAGAACAAAAUUUACACAGACAAGACCAGUUAUAGAGUACAAGGGCUCUCUCAUGGAGAUUGGAAGAUGAUGAUUUGCACGCAGUCUGAGUUCGAGAUCUGCAGUGAAACGGUACAAGUGGAUUUCAAAGAAGGCUUGCAGUUCCAAGUGAUGAGUGCAGGAAACCUGGCAAUCGCAGCUGGACUUCUGAUAACUGUGAUCCUAGUGAUGCUGCUGGUUCUGGUCACUGCAGUCUGUUGCUACAGGCGGAACGUCGCCUACAAGUGGGGAGCCAAUACUGGCUACACUUCGGGAACCCUGGCGGGACUCCAAGGAGCACCUGGACACUACAACAUGAUGGACGUCUCCGGGCCCCUGGACCAAGGAGGCAUGAAGUACUUCUGCGGAGGAUUCAACGGGUACGCCCAACAGGCGUUUGUGGACCCCACUUACUAUGAUGAUAUUGACAAGUUGUUCUUGGAAUUCACGCGGGAGAUCCAUGUGAACCAACUGCAGAGCAUAGAAGGACAUUUCGGAAUGUCAACCAAUGAACUUGGAAAGAAACUGGACGGCCCAGAUUACGGAGAUAAUUCGUAUGGAGCUGCAGAUGAAAGCAGAGCUAUUUUGUACCAUUCGGAGAAUCAGAAAAGCGUCGUGAGAAUUCGAGGCUGUGACGAGUCAAACCCGCACGACUUGAGAAUGUUCGCGUUGGAAUGUGCGACCAUGUCACAGUUCUACCACCCGAAUGUGCUGAUGAUGCACGGGGUCGCCUACGACGGACCCAGAGUCUACAUGUGUUUGGAGGAGGUCGCGCAUGGGGGAUUGGACGGGUACCUGAAGGCGUGUUUUGCAGAUGGAGAUGGGGGUUUGAGCCAGUUGCAGCUGGUGCAUCUUUUGAGAGGUGUUGCUUGUGGCAUGCAGUACCUGACAGAACUGGGAUAUGUUCAUAAGGUGCUGUGUGCCAGUAAUGUUCUUGUGAGUGGAUCUGGGCUGUGCAAAAUAGGAGGCUUCGAGAUGAGAGCCCUUUUGGAAGAGGAAGAGCUACAAGGCAACCAAUCCAAAGUGUCGGAAGCACUAGUGAGCUGGCUCUCUCCUGAAGUGCUGGCCUGUAGGAAGUGGAGCAGUGCUAGUGACGUGUGGGCAUUCGGAGUACUCGCAUGGGAGACCCUAUCCCACUGCCAACAACCACCCCCUCCCCCUCUCUCCACUCUGACGUCAUCCCUCAAAACUAAUCAGGGCAAUGGUACCACCACUGCUGCUGAUACGAAUAGCGCCAAUACUACUGCUGCUGCUGCAAUUGCCAAAAACACGCAAGAGAUCUCGAAGAGUCUAGAGAGUGGCAGCCGACUUCCCCUUUUGGAAGGCAUGUCGCCUGUUCUCUAUGAAGCAGUGAUGCUGAGAGGCUGCUGGCCUCUGGACAGGACACACAGACUCAACUUCGCCCAAUUGAGGGAUCUGUUAGAGAGGGCCAUCAGAAACCCCUCUCAGAUUCACAAUUAUGACUCAUCUGUUGGGGGAGCCAAUGUGCCACAGUUCAGUCCCAACGCCACCGCAAAAAUGACUUCCAGCCACAAUUCGUUCUACUCAACCCUUGGACACUACAAUCAACAACAGAACUAUUCACAACAAAAACAACAAUCCAGAAUAAACCCCUACUUGCCCCAGAGGCAAAACUACAGCACCCAGUAUUCGCCACUGCCACGUAAUGCUGCACCCCCUGCCUCAUAUAACUCCAACUACACUCUAUCGGAGAAUUCGAGACAUAACUACUCAAUGUCGGCUGCCUCUUCCGCCUCAGUGCAAGAAUGGCUGCAUUCGCUGAAGAUGGACCAGUACAUACCUCUUUUCACAUCGGCAGAUUAUUUGACCUUGGAAGAUCUUACGUACCUGGAAAACAACACGUUAGAGAAAAUCGGAAUAUCUUCAGCGAAACACAGAAAGCAAUUGUUGAGCAGUAUCGAAGGAAUGCGAAUGGGUGGCGCUGAAAGUUUAACACAUCAAACGACAAACGGAGGAAUGCUUCAGCAACCUACCUUAAAGCAGAUCAGUUUGGCCAAAGAAAGCGCAGUCCACGUUAUUAUGUAGCGGUUCAGACUUGUUGAAUAAAAACUAAAACUUUUAUACAGAAUCUAAAACUCUAUAAGUUUUGCUGCUUUUCAUCAUUAUUUAGUUGUUUUAUUCUCUAAUAUCUAUUUUGUUCCUUUAUUUAUCACAACAGCGCUUACAUUAUUUUAUUUCGGAAAGUUCCUCCGUUCCUGUUCACCUAAAAGUAAAAGUGCAGUAGUAUUAGGUGCCAACCAAGUCAAGCUCUGUUUUCUGUUAAGAUUCGAAUCGAAAUCUCUAAAUUUAAGCAAUUCGUAUC